CCGUGUAUUCCUUCUCCUUGGAUCUGCACAGGAGUCUUUCCAACUUUCCUCUCUAAAAAGUUUCCCUGAUGGCAUUCAUGGCUUAACUUUUUAAUUAUUAUUUUAACGGAACUCCCCCCUUUUUCCGAUCCCCGCGGGCAGCAGCCGGCGAGGGGUUUUUCUUGCGCUGAGGGGUUGGUAGAAGCGGGUCUCCCGUCUCGAUCGGUGCAUCCCGAACAAAGCCGCGGCUGCUGUAGCUUCGCUGUGGGACGUUCGGAGCGGAUCGGGCUCCUCUGUGCCCCCUCGGAAACAGAACCGACAUGGAGAGAAGUUGAGUCUGACUUCAAGAGAAUGAUAUUGCCGUCUCCCUUCGCCCCAGCCUGGCGGGCAUCGGGACCGUCUGCAGCCAGGAGUCAGGCUGCUGGGAGCGUUCACUCUCCCUCCACAAGUAUGGCAACGUCUGCGCAAUACAGACAGCUUAUAAAUGACUAUGGACCCCCAUCUCUAGGCUAUACACAAGGGAUGCAGGGUACCAGCAGCAGUCAAGUACCACAAAGCAAAUAUGCAGAACUUCUAGCUAUCAUAGAAGAAUUAGGAAAAGAGAUUAGACCCACAUACGCUGGGAGUAAAAGUGCGAUGGAGAGGCUAAAAAGAGGCAUUAUUCACGCUAGAGGAUUAGUUCGGGAAUGCCUGGCUGAGACGGAACGAAAUGCAAGAUCCUAGCCCACGAAUUCAGUUGCAAGAUUUUCCAUCUCUUAAUAAAGAAAGGAAACAGUUAUUCCUUUUGACUCUUGAAACAUUCAGACAAAUGCCUUUAUUUUGAAUGGUUUACCUUUCUUUUUUUUUCCCUUAUAAAACUGUAUAGUCAAGAAUGAGAAAACAAGGGUUUUUCAGCUUACUGAGGGUUUGCAUUUUGUAAAAACGUUAAAACUCCCUAAAAUGUUUCUAAAACAUGAAAACCGAACUGCAUGCAGAGGAAUGCUCUAUCCCAGGCUCUAUUUCAGUUUUCUUCUUAUCCAGCCACAGCCUCGUUCUGUUUUUUUCCUUUGACUAUAUUCACUUAACCCCAAACUGUCAAUCUUUCAAAGUUUGACAUAAGCUCUAAGGAUUUUUUUAAUAAAGGCAGAAUAGCAUGCUGUACCUAGUAGUCUGCUAAGUCACAAUUUUUCAUACAGCUUAGACCCUGCUUAGAAUUAACCUUCUCCUUCUCUUUCCUUUUUUUUGUUCAUUUUACAUAAACAUUUGCAUGACUGUUAGUGCUUUGAAGUCUAUUUAAAGUGCAUGAAUGAUAUGGAGAAUAGGGAAACCUAUUAAAUAAUAACAAGGUCCUGGAAAGCUAAUUUCUACAUUAAGGCUGGAGAUUUCAGUUUAAAGUUUGCCAAAAAAAAAAAAAAAAGAAAA